CACUUUAAUCCUGAGUUCUUACUGUGACCAUGUCAACACUUAGACCUGCAAGAUAGAAAUAGAAUGAAAACAAAAAAUGGUCAGUUUAUGCACUUAUGAAUUUUAUUAGAGCAAAGGAAGUCUUUAAACUAUCUUUAAAAGAAAUACGAGUGGGACAACUUCUAUUUAGAUUAGAUUAUUGGAUUGAGUAGCCUAUAGCAGAUUACCGACCCACGUUUUCAUUACACUGCGAAGAGAAGCGACUAGAGUCAGCGGUCCAGCUUUUUCAUGUAUUGGGAACAUUGGUGAUCAGGUGUUCACCAUGCUGACCAGUUUUGUGGAUGGAAUAUUCUGUUGCUUCACAGGCAAGUCAACCAACGUGGUGGUGCCAAUUGAAUCCUCUGAGCCUACAGAUGGUUUUGAAUUUGUGGAGGUGAAACCAGGAAGGGUUUUGAGAGUUCGACAUAUUAUUCCAGACAAACCAGUGGUUGAGGAGCCAGGGACUGGGGAAGGGGGUACUGUAAGCUGCAAGCGUAAAAUCUCAGUGUACCGAAACGGACAACUUCUGAUUGAGAAUGUGAAUGAAGCUACGCAUCCAGAGAUGGUCCGCUAUCAGAAUGGAGACAGCACUGUGGAUAAGGAGAUUAAUUAUUAUGAACCUCCGGUAGCAGCGGGCCAGACUGCAGUGCCAACACCAGGGUCUGAUGCAGGAAAGAAUGCAGAUGUCAAACCUGCACCGCCGCAGAAUCAGCAGCAACCACAGCGCAGACGGCGCAAACCCAAACGCUCCAUCGUGAUUGACUGUGAGCGGAAGAUCACAUGUUGCAAAGGCACUCACCCUAAUGUGGCCUUGUUUUUCAUUCAUGGGGUUGGAGGAUCACUGGACAUUUGGGGAAGCCAACUGGACUAUUUUUCACAACUUGGCUAUGAGGUCAUUGCCCCAGACCUGGCCGGCCAUGGUGCGAGUUCAGCUCCUCAAAUCCCUGCUGCAUAUACAUUUUACGCUCUAUCUGAGGAUCUUAGAAUCAUAUUCAAGAGAUAUGCAAAGCGACGGAAUAUUUUAGUAGGGCACUCGUAUGGAGUCUCAUUUUGCACCUUCCUGGCUCAUGAGUAUCCAGAGCAAGUUCACAAGGUUGUGAUGAUUAAUGGUGGUGGUCCUACAGCGCUCGAGCCCAGUCUCUGCUCUGUCUUCAACUUACCAACUUGUGUCCUUAACUUCCUGUCCCCGUGCCUUACCUGGAGCUUCCUCAUGGCUGGAUUUGCCCAUCAGGGAGCACGAGAAAAGAAAUUACUGAAAGAAAACAAUGCCUUCAAUGUAUCCUCCUUCGUUCUGCGGUCCAUGAUGAGUGGACAGUACUGGCCGGAGGGUGAUGAGGUUUACCAUGCUGAACUCACUGUGCCUGUUCUGCUUGUCCACGGCAUGUACGACAAGUUUGUACCAAUACAAGAGGACCAACGUAUGGCAGAGAUCCUCUUGCUGGGCUUUCUGAAGGUCAUUGAUGACGGCAGUCACAUGGUCAUGAUGGAGUGCCCUGAUGUAGUUAAUACUCUCUUACAUGAAUUCUUCCUUUGGCAGCCAUCAACUGACCCAAAAACCAAACAGGAAGCAGCCACCACAAAGACCUCCACCAAACCUCACAAGGACACAGCAAGGCCUAAAACUGCCCCUAGGUCGCCCUCCAAAUCUCAGUCAGACAUAAGGCCAACAACUGCCCCAAAGAUCAGCAAUAAUGGGACAGAGGCCCUGGUUGACAACAAAUCUAAGGGCAAGAAAUAGCUGAUCUACAAGCAAAGGAAUUGGUUAAACCUGAAAAGAGGAUGUGCUCGAACAGUCACCUGCUGGUAUGUUUAAGACUGCAGAGAACACAAAAAACUGCUAUAAAUUACAUGUACCAAUCGACAGUGGGGUUUUGCUUUAAUAUUUUCAGGUUUUGGCUGAGGAGAUGAAGAUCCCUAGAAAAUGAAAUUUUUCUUUCAAUCACAGCCAAUACAAAAGCCAACUUAAAAACUACAAAAAUUAAAUGUUUAAAUGGAAUAAAACAAUUCUUAUAAUACCAUCAGUCCAAAAGGUUUACAACAAAUAAGUUACAAUCUCUAUAUUAUAUAUAUUAUUCCAAGUGUUGCACAGUCUAACAUAUGCAAUGCAGACUUUUGGUGUAAAUGGAAUCUCUUUCAUUUGUCAGCAUUAUUUCAGGCUUUUAUUGUUAGCUAUUUGACUUCAUGUGUCAAAUACUUAUCUCGAGUUAUGUAAUAUUCACUUAAGAACCUAAAAAUGACACUUUUUUUUUUUUUUAUUAAUUUGCUAUCUUUUUAUGUUGAGAAACUGAUGCGAUAAUAAAAAAAAAAACAUUUUAAGGUCUGCAUUUAAUUGCAGAUAUUGGAAACAAAACAUUUUAUUAUUCACUUGUAAGAUUUAUCUCAUCUUCAAGAAAAAAUUCGAAAUUCGAUGCAACCACUCCUGAAUAUUAGUGAAAGCUUGUUGGAAAUGGCAAAGCUAACAUUUAAAGGUGCACUCAGUAACUUUUGUCCAUGUGUCAUCUUGGACUUACACUGACACCUCGUGGCUUGGAUGCAGCAUCAUUUUAAAUCAAAACUGGCAGCCCCCAUGUCGACCCUCUCCAUGUAGAAUAAAACCGCUUUUAUAAGGUUACUGAUAUGAAUUUGAGUAGUCAUGAUUUCCUACAUAUAUUGCAAAAUUACAAUUCAUGUCUUGAGUUUUAUUUUUUUAUUAUUAUGGAAAAAUUACUGAGUGCACCUUAAACAACUUCACAACCAUCAACAUAAUUAUGAACACAGAUCUUUAAAUCCCCUUGCCUUCAGUGACAGAAUGAGCACUUAAAGGAAUAGUUCACCCAAAAAUGAAAAUUUGCUGAUAAUUUACUCACCCUCAGGCCAUCCAAGAUUAUUUUGAUCCACCCUAAAUAUGCAUUUUGGACCAUCAAAAAAUGGAGUACAUUCACUUGCACUGUUUAGAGGAGGAGGCCUGAAAUGAAAUCCUUAAAGUCUUAAAUUCUGUUUUGAUGAAGAAAUUCAGAUACAUCUUGGAUGGCCUGAGGGUGAGUAAAUUAUCAGCAUAUUUUCAUUUUUGGGUGAACUAUUCCUUCAAUAUUUUAUUAAUUUACCUUGUUUGGUGUUAGAAUACUUCUAUCCCAGCUUAAUAUGCAGAGACAUCUUUAAAUUUGCCAUUCAUAGAUUUAUUUUCUCAAAAACUAACACUGUAUCUUUGUGGCACUAUAGAAAUUCCUGUUUGUUUUGAGGGACACGCUUAUGCUGCGUUCCAUUCAACUUGGAAAGUCGGAUUUUCCAACUUCCUAGUAGGAAAAGUGCAAUGGAACACCACUUUAAGUCGGAAUUACAAACUGGAAACUCGUGCAAACAUUUUCAACUCCAAUUUCUCUGACAUACAAGUGCGUGACGUCACACAUAUUUGUCAGCACCUGGGGUAUAUACAAAGUGAGAAAACAUUCACUUUUAUUAAAUAAUAUAGAUAAACAAGUCACACUUCCUACAUUACAUGAUAUUAAAUCUUAAAAUUGUCAAACAUCUGCAGAAAUGUGUAUAAAACAUGAUGAAUUUUACUCUUUUGAUAAUUGUACACCCAUAGCUCAAAUGCUAGUGUUGCAACCUGUUUAUCAAUUGGGUUGCUAAGAGACGUCUCUGGUGACAAUCGAACCCCUGCUAAUCUAACAGGAGCCUUCCAGUUUUGUUUCCUUAUACGUCAUUUUCCGAGCAUCUGGCAAUGGAAUGCUUUUAUGAUCGGAGAUUUCAAGUAGGAAUAUCCCACAUCAGACUUGAAUGGAAUUCAGCAUUAGAUCCCACCUAACAACUUCACCAAUGGUGCGAGUUGAGGGCGGGACUAUCUGAACAACAGUAGAUGAAGGGCUAAUGGGAAAGCUGUUUUGAAAACAUUGGUUAUUUUUGCAAUUUCUUUCAGUGUCACUACAGUCACAGCAAUAACAUCAGCUUUGACAUAAGCAAGGUAGUUUUAUGGGUUUUCUUUUUCCCCAACAGAAAAACUGAACUGCACCAAUU